CUCCAUUCCAACACCCUCAAAUACACACCUCUACUUUCUUUAUCAAGUUUAUCAACACAUCUCCCUCUAUAAUUGAAAAAUAUACUUAUAAAAAACAGAUACAGUACGUAGUAUAGUGUAAAAUACUAAUCCGAAAAAGAAAAAAAAAAAAGAAACAAAAAGAGAAAGGAUGCUAGCGAAGGAAUCGGCGGGACCGAACUUCGACCUUCCCGAGGAGGUACUGGAGGUGCUCCCCUCCGACCCCUUCGAGCAGCUCGACGUGGCCCGCAAGAUCACCUCCAUUGCGCUCUCGACGCGUGUCUCCGCACUCGAAUCGGAGGCGUCUGUCCUCCGCUCUAACCUCGCCGACAGGGACAAUAUCAUCGCCGACCUCCAGUGCCAGAUCGAGGAGCUCGAUGCCUCCCUCUCCGACUCCAACGACAAGCUCGCCCGAGCCGCCGAUGAGAAGGAAAAUUUGAUGAGAGAGAACGCUUUGUUGUCCAAUCAAGUGAAGAAGCUUAACCGAGAUGUCUCCAAGUUGGAAGUCUUCAAAAGGACACUGAUGCAAUCACUUCAAGAAGAUGACGACAGUUCUGCAGGAGGCCCGAAGGUUGCUGCUACACAUAUGUCAAGUCAUGCAAGCUUGUCUUCUCAAUCACUUGUUGGAGAAGAUGAUGAUACGUUGCCCCCUUCAAGAACUUCUUCAAUGCGCAGUCAGUGCUCUGAACUAGGAAAUUCAUAUGGAGAUGAUCAUGAGUCAGAUGCCCGAAGGCCUCGGGUAUCACAAGGCCUGUUAGCAUUUCAAACACCACGGUUUACUCCUCCUGUUUCUCCUCCUAGUCUAUCUGCAUCUGUAUCUCCAACAAGAACAUCUAAGCCACCGUCCCCAAGGCGACAUUCGAUGUCAUUUUCUUCGGCGCCUUCAAGCCAGCAUAGUUCAAUGUCAAGCGACGUGGGAUCACAAUCUGGACGGACUCGAGUUGAUGGGAAGGAAUUCUUCCGCCAAGUCAGGAGCCGUUUGUCUUAUGAGCAAUUUAGUGCAUUUCUAGCAAAUGUCAAGGAGCUGAAUUCCCACAAGCAGACUAAGGAGGAGACCCUACAGAAAGCUGAUGAAAUAUUUGGCCCUGAUAACAAGGACCUGUAUGGUAUAUUUGAGGGAUUGAUCACGCGCAAUAUCCAUUGACCGAGGCAUUGUACUAUCGCUGUAAAGCUUAUUGUGUUUAGUAUGUGAAUGUAAAAAGUUUCAUUGACAUCAUUCUUUGGAAACCAGUUCAUCAAUGUCACUCCGAACCACUGUAUUUAUAGAAUAAAAUGAAAUGGAAGUCUAGAUGAUUUGUUC